GCUGAGACAGGUGGACGCUCCUUCACUUAGUUGAGGAGCGAGAGGAAAGAGGAGAGGAGAGAGCGAGGAGUUGUAAGAAACACUAAGAUUACAACAAACAGACAGUCUCCAAGAUGUCGAAUACUACAAAGAUCAGCAAGAGUCAGGCCACUGACCUGGCUGUGGUGAUCGAUCGCAUGCAGAAGAAUGCAGACCAAGUGGAGAAGUAUAUCCUGGCAACAGAGGAGAUGCUGGCUGUGGACACACAGCGUAAUGGGAAGAAACAGCCCUUCAUCCACCAGAAGGAGAACACAAACAACCUGAUGGAGGCUGAGGAGCUGCUGAAGAAACUCUUCAUGGACGUGGACAAGGCCAAGAAGCUGAAGCACCCGCAGGUCCUCGAGAUAGAGAAAGAUGUGAUAAACCUCCAUGAUCGCUGGGUGAAGGACUGUGCCAGCUACAGGGAAGUGUAUUCCCAGGGACUAACUUUGGAUCCGAAACAAAAGAUCGACUGGGGUCCUCUGCUGGAUGAAAAGCUGAAACAGUUGAAGGCCGAUGCAUACGGCCCCAGCCUGUCUGACGUGGAGAAGCAGAUAGCAGCGCACAACAUUCUGCACCAGCAGAUCGAGGCCUACAACGCCCAGCUGGAGCCCAGCACCAACACUUCCCAGGAGCAGUACACUGCCUUGAAAGAGAAAUAUGCAAAACUUUGUGAAGCCUCCCAACAGAGACGCAACCACCUGGCCUCUCUGUACGAGUACUUGCACAGCUGCAAUAAGGAACUGGUGUACCUGUCAGGCCAGCAGGAGCGGAUCCUCCAGAGGGACUGGAGUGAUCGCAUGGUCGACCCCCCAGGCCUCCGCAUGGAGUAUGAGAAAUUCAAAAACAGCGGACUCAUAGCACAUGAGAAUGAGAUCAACAAACUGCAGCAGGAAGGCAGUCGUCUUAUUGAAAUGAAACACCCUGGCAGCUCAACAAUCGAGGAACACAGAAAUGCUGUGCAGUCUGAGUGGCAGUCGUUCCUCAACUUGUGUCUGGCCAAAGAAAAACACCUGGACAACAUUCAGGACUACAAGAAGUUCCAGCUGGAUGCAGAGACGUUGUCCGAGUCCCUGGAGAGGCUCAAUUCUACUAUGGACCCAAAGUCUCUGGACAAGAAGAGCAACCCUCAGGUCCUAAUGGCUCUGGAGGGAGAUGAACCAGCAAUAAAGAGGAACGAGCAGCGGCUGGCCGCCCUCAGGGAGCUCAGCAGCAAGGUGGUGCCUCUGAAGCUACGGCGGGUCCCGCCCACCAAACCCCCGUCUGCAGUGUCUCUGUGUGACUGGGCCGAUGGACAGGACACAGUCAGGCGUGGUGAGACGUUAAAGCUAAAGUCCAACACUGAUAAUAUGAAGUGGGAGCUUCAGACGAGCAGUGGGAAGACCAGAACCCUGCCUGGGGCAUGUUUCAUGGUCCCGCCACCUGAUGCUGAGGCGCUGGAGAAAGUAAACAGUCUGGAGAGAGCGCUGACAGACUUGAAGACCCGUAGAUCUGCACUAAUGGCCUCCCUGAAGAACCCCACAGUGGAGGUUGUCCCUCAGAAGGCAGUUGCUGUUCAAAGCGCUCCAGAGAAUCCCAGAGCUGCGGAGCUCGCCAGUGAAUUAGACAAGAUCAACAAAGCCCUGGAGCGGAGUGAAAAAGAAAUCCUGAGUCGACUCAGAGCGCCGCUAGACAACCGCGACCCCACACAGGACCUGACAAAGAGGCUGCAAGACCACGAGAAAUCAGCUCAGACUGUGAGAAAGCUGGAGUCAGAGAAGUCAGCGGUCCAGAGAGAGAUGGAGCCUAUUCUGGCCAAGAAACCCCUGGGACCCAACGCCUCUACACUGCCCCUCAAACUCAGCACUGCCAGCAACAAGAUUAAUGACAUCAACGCUCUCAUCGAGCUUUAUAAUAAAAAAGCUACAGCUUCCAUGUUCCUGGAGAAGCAGAAACAGACUGUGGAAGACAUCGUCUCUGGGUUUGAGGAAAAGCUCGCUAAAGAUGGCGUCAUUCUUGAUCAACCCAAAGAACUCCCGAGUCGCAACCAGCAGCUGCAGGCUUUGCGUCAGGAUGUGACCUCAAAGAAGGAUGAGUUGACUAAAUUAGGCAGAGACUUGGAGACGAUAAUGCAGUCGUGCCGCUCUUUGCAGCAGAGCUUCAAUGAAUACUGUCCUGACAUCCGCCGCCAGGAGAACGAGGUGAAACUGCUGAAGAACCGUUACACGGCUGUCAAUAAUCAGCUCCAGGAAAGGGCUUGUCUCAUAAAGGAAGGAACCAGUAAAAACCAAGAUUUCCAGAAUGCUGUUAAGUCACUGGAUUUCUUCUUGGUCAAUAUGCCCAAUAAUGCGAUCAAACCUACUGAUGAUGUGGUGCAGAUGAAAGCCAAGCAGAACUCUCAGAAGAGAGUAGUGGAGGACAUAAAGAAGAAAUCAGAUGAUUUAGAUCGAGUCAAGUAUCUUUCCCGUGAUCUGCAGAGCGUGUUGAAUGAGUAUGAAAAUAAGUCAAAAACUUACCUAAGCACUCUGUAUGAUGACAAUGACGAUGAUGACGACAACGAUGAUGAACCAGUCCUAAAGAUACGUAAAACUUCUACUAUGGCGCAGGCCGUACAGAGAAAGGAGAAAGAUCUACUGAACCUUUUCUCUGAGGUGUCUGCUGAAAAUGACCUGCUACUCAGACAGUUGGAGACAGCGAGGAACAUCAAGGCCAGGAAUGAAGAACAAGUUAGUCAGGUGGUGGUCAACCAGCAGAUGCAGCAACAGAGCCAGAAGAAGGACUUACUGGAGAGUGAUAGUCUGAAAAAGGCAUUAAAUGAGCAGGUUGAGAGGCGCUUACAUGCUGAAAAAGACCUGGAAACAUACCGUAAGAGGUUUGUGUCUUUGAAGAGUAGGAGAGGAGUAGAGAGGUUGGAGGAGAAAGAGGUUGUGCAAUACUACCGUGACCCAAAACUGGAGGCAGAUAUAAUGUCCCUGAGAAGUCGGAUACAGGAUGAAACAUUGAAGAGGUCAAGAAUCCUUUCAGAGAUAGAAAUUAUAAAUGAGAAGAUUAUCAUAAUAGAAAGACAGCUGACCACAAUCGAACCAAAACUGGUGACCAAGCUACUGUAUGAAUAUGAGAGAGACCCGCAGCUUGACAAAGAAGCCGCCAAGAUGAGAGAUGAGAUGCAGAGGAUACAACUGGAGCUCCAAACGAGAGAUACUGAGUCAGUUCAUGUGAAAACUGAGCUCACGGUUCUGUCUCAGCAGAAACCAAAAAUCAGGGAGAAGAUUGUUAAAAAGGAGGUUGUGAGGCUGGAAAAGGAUCCAGAGAUGCUGAAAGCUGUUCUCACGUUUCACAAUGAUAUUGCCCAGGAGGAAUCCCAAUUCAAGUUGCUCAACGAUCACAUUUUUAGCAUAAGAAGUCAGAUAAACACGCUUGAGAGGGUCAUUCCCACCAUUCAACCCAAGAUAAUCACCAAGGUGGUGAAGAAAGUAGAGCAAGAUCCGGAAGUUCUGGAGGAGUCAAGGAAACUACGAAUUGCCUUGGAGGAGGAGAAAGAUGAGAAUGUUAUCUUGAUGAAGGACUUGACCACCUUACAACUACGUUAUGGUGAGGUGGACAAGCUCAGGUCUAAAGUCGAAGUCAAGGAGAUUGUCAAUGAGAUCUACAGAGUUGAUCCUGACACAGAAGUUGAGCUAGUACGUCUGAGGAAAGAGCUGCAGGAUACCAGCCGUAACAGUUCAGACAUUGAGAAAGAAAUCAAGACAAUCACAAUGACUCUGACUACCCUGCGCUCUCAGAAACCCAAAGUGGAAUACAAAGAGGUGACCCAAGAGAUCAUCAAAGAAGAGAAAAGUCCUGAGGUCACCAGAGAAUUGCACAGGCUGAACACCCAAGUCUCCCAUCUGCGAGUCAACUAUGACACCACCCUGGAGCUGCUCACCCACCUACGGAAAGAGAGAGACGAGCUGAAAGCCGAAAAAUCCAAAGUGGAGACCAAGCUAGUUACUAAAGAACUCAUCAAAUAUGAGAACGAUCCUCUUCUUGAGAAAGAGGCGGACAGACUUCGGAGGAAUGUAAGAGAAGAGAUUCAACAACGCCGCAGUUUGGAGGAGUGUCUCUACGACCUGCAGAACCAAUACAUUAUCCUGGAAAGGCAGAAGCCGGAGGAAAAGAUUGUCAUGCAGGAAGUGGUACGUCUUCAGAGGGACCCCACGCAGGUUCUGGAGCAUGAGAAGUUGAACAAGAACCUAGACGAGGAAAUGAAAACCCGCAGAAAGAUUGAAAUGGAGGUCCGACAGCUCAGAGCCCUGAUUCAAGACAAAGAGAAUACCCUGGCCCAGACGGACGAUCGUCAGAGGAAGAUUCAAGUAGAGUCAGAGCUUAGGCAGAUCAAAUCUCGCAUUAUUGAACUGGAAAGCUCUCCACCACCUGUUGAGGAGAAGAUAGUCAUUGAGGAGAUCCUGAAAGUGGAAAGGGACCCUAAGCUGGAAAAACUUACUGAUGGUAUACGUGUCGACUUGGAGACUGAAGGCACCAAUAUUAGCCGUCUACAGAGAGAAAUCAACAACCUACAGCUCAGGUUGGAGAUUCUGCAAAAGGAGAAGUCAAUUGAGAAGGUGGUUUACAGAGAAGUUGUUCGUGUAGAGAAAGACCCUGCAGUUGAGGCUGAAAGGGAGCACCUAAGAGAGCUCUUAAAGCAGGAGAGAAAUCACCGGCGUGACCAGGAGGAAAAGAUUCAGAACAUCCACAUAAGAAUUACUCAUUUGCAGACAACAAAGUCUGUUUCUUCUCAGGAGGGGGCCUCUCUCGUCGCCAACAGAGAUGCUCUGCAAAGAGAGAAGGAGGAUAAUCUCCGACAGCUCAAAAUGCUAGAGUCUCAAAGACAGGAAAUCAGCAUAACCUUCCAGCAAAAGUCCAAGCAGAUGAGUGAGAUAAACCAGAUUGUACGGCAGAGGAGUCUUAAGACAUCCUCUGAAAUACAACGACUAGAGAAAGAAAUCCUCAACGAAAAAGACAAAAUACACGAGAGGAAUACACUCAUCAUGGAGCUGCAGAACAACGUCAAGAAAGAGGACCAUUCUGAAACUCACACCAGGGAGACAAAUCUUUCCACCAAGAUCACCAUCCUGGAUCCAGAAACCGGUAAAGACAUGUCUCCCUAUGAGGCCUACACGCAGGGGCUAAUUGAUCGCAACCACUACAUUCAUUUGUCGGAGUUGGAAUGCGACUGGGAGGAAAUCACUUCAACCGGUCCAGACGGGGACACAACAAUCCUGCAGGAUCGCAAAAGUGGCAAACAGUUCUCCGUCAAGGAUGCUCUGAAGAGUGGUCGCUUGACCCAGUAUGACGUGACACGCUACAAGGAAGGGAAAAUGUCCAUUUCGGAGUUUGCCCUCAUGGUUGUAGGGGAAACCAAAAAGCCCUUUGUUCCUCCAAUAACAGUCCCAAGAUCACCCAUUCAACCCAUCCCAAGCUCUCCCUUGAACGCCAUGCCACCCUCCCUCAGGUCCUCAUACCCCAGCCUCAACACUUACCACAGUGGCAACUUGAACCACUAUAAUGCUGGCAGUUUGACCAACCUCAGUGCAGGCAGUUUGACCAACCUCAGUGCUAGUAGUUUGACCAACCACAGUGCUGGCAGUUUGAACAACCUCACUGCUUCAGCAGGUGAUGAGCAUUUCCCAAUCUCUGGUGUUUUAGACACCAUCACUGAGAGCCGCAUGUCUGUACGAAGUGCCCUGACCCGCAAACUAAUUGACGCCAACACAGCUCUGAAGCUGCUGGAGGCACAAGCAGCAUCUGGAGGAAUCGUUGAUCUCAACAAAAAAGACAAACUCUCCGUCCACAAGGCAGCUGAACGCGGCCUCAUUGACGCAAAUGACAUGUACAAGCUUCUGAAUGCCCAGAAGGCUUUUACUGGUGUUGAGGACCCCGUGACCAAAGAUCGUCUUGCAGUGGGACAGGCUGCGAUGAAAGGGUAUAUUCCCCAAGAAAAUGCCAGGAGGUACAUGGAGGCACAGUACCUGACCGGUGGGUUUGUAAAUCCCGCCAAAGCAGGCCGCCUCACUAUCAAAGAAGCUCUCGCCAUCAAUAUCAUUGACAGCACAACAGCUGAUCAACUGCAAGACGAGGCGUCCCACACAAAAGAGCUGGUAGACCCCAUCACUAAAGAGAAGAUAUCGUACAAGCAGGCGAUGGAUCGGUGUAAGAGAGACAUCAGCACGGGGCUCCUGUUGCUUCCUGCAGCCUCCACUGACGCUGCAAAUGCCCCAUCAUACUCAAACUAUCGUUUCAGCUCCUCCACCAGCAGAGUCUAGAUGUGGCCUUUAAGAUGUUUUAUUUGGCACAGCCACUGGUGCUAAAGGGUGUGUGAUAACGCUAACUAACUAAUCCAAGUAAAGAUAAAAAUGAAAUGUCUGUAAACUUUUCAAAAACACUGGGGGUGAAAACUACAUUUUUUGGUGAAACUGUACAUGUGUAUCUUCUCAUUUCAGUACUGUUUUGGGGCCUGCUGUUAAAAUGAGGGUAAUGUUUGUUUUACAUGGUAAAUGUUUAAAUCUUUUCAGCACUCUUAAGCUUAAUCCGUUUUAAGUGUCUAUUAAACUCGACAAGACUCA